GUUUGCCACGUAACUAAACGUGGUAUAUAUAAUCAGAACUUUUAAUUGCUGAUAUCAUUCAACAAAUCACAAAGUCACAAUGAACACCUCGAUAUUGUUAGUGUUUAUUUUGACAUCUCUAGCAGUAUGUAAUGGCAUCUUCUUUGGGUUUUUUUCAAGAAAAUGGAACGGAUUGAAAGUAACCUGUGGGCUCAACCCAUUCAAUAGUUACACAUUUGACAGCUUACCAAGAACUGUAGAUGCAGCUAUAAACGACGGCUUUGUUAAAAUAUCUGAUUGUGGAGCCAAAUUUAGAGGAAAUCGUUACAUAAAAGAUGGAGACCAUGCUGUUGUCUUAUUGUACGAUACACAAGGUUUCAUUGCUGGAAUACAGACCGGGAUACCAGAAGGACAAUCAGAUGGCUACCCAUUCCCUGGAAUUAAGUCACCAUUUGUAAAAGAAAAUGGAUUCCACUACAUCACAGCUUACUUUGUUGAUCCAAGAAUAAUCUGUACAACUGGCAGAACUUACCGACAAUUCCGUGAUCAAGGUACUGGAACGGAUCUUUAUAUACAGAACGGUACUAAUCCUGAAACUGACAGUUUUAAAGUGCCAAAAUUACAGACUGAAUUACAGGGUACCAAAUGGACCGAAGGAAAAUGUUUCCCGUCAAUGGGUCGUCACUACUGGUAUGACUUGAGUGCUAAUUCUGAUUGCCAGAAACAAUAUCCUGUAUUUUUGAUGUAUAAUGAUGGUAGAUUGAACAGUUUUGGUUGGGCUUUUACUACAUCACUAACUUCCCAGAGAUAUGAACACCCGACACCUUCAUAUUUUGGAACCUUCAUGAAACAAGUACCACGAUGUCUGUACAAUAUGGGAACUAUGUCAACCAUGCAUAUUUAUUUAACAUCAACACCAAGAAUGAAUCUCUGUUAAGAUGAAUCGAUGGCACACCAUCAAACAUGAUCUUGUCUGAUGUACUACUAUGUACUGUGUCGAAACCAUGUCCCCCCUAAAUAUACAUGUGUAGGCCUUACAAGUUCUACAAUAUGUUCCAUAUGACAAAGACAUCAUCCUCCAUCAGAUAGACCAUACGUCAAUGAUUAAAAUUUUAUUACUGGAAA